AUGGCCAAGGGCAAGUCUGCCAACCCGGCGGACGCCUUUCGUAAAGCUCAGAGGAAGAAAGAACUCAAAAAGAACAAGGAUGCGCGCUCUAAAGCUCGCGACUUCGCUCUCGUGAAGAAGGACACAUUUGAUCUUCAGGAUGAAAUCGAGCGUUUGUCAGGGCUCGCCGAACCCUCCCCGGCCGACCAGGCGCGUCUGAAGGAGGCCCAGGCUGAGCUCGAGAAAAUAAACAAGAAGAAGGAAGAAUAUGUCGCGGAACAUCCUGAGCAGCGCAAGCUCGUGUAUCGUUCUCGACGACCGGACGGCGAGAGCAAGGACAACAAGGAGGAAGGCUCUAGCAAGCAUGUCAACCGCACGAGGAAGCUCUUUGACAAGGACGGUCUACCCUUGCAUCCGGAACGUAGUAUAUACUACGACCCGGUGUUCAACCCUCUUGGUGUUCCACCCCCGGGCAUGCCUUACGUCGAGAGACCUCUUCGACCUGAUGAGAUGGAGCAAGAUGAUGAAGCUGCGUCAGACGACGAUAUCAUCAUGCCUGAAGGUCCUCCACCCGAGGAUGAUGACGACGACAUCCCAUUACCGGAAGGACCGCCUCCGGGCGAAGCACAACAAGCGGCAAUAGCACCACCUGCAAUGUUCCCGAAUGGAAUGCCGCCUCUACCACCUGGCCCUCCCCCUUCAGAACCGCCUGCUUUUGUGCCGCAGGGCUUCCCACCUCCGCCGCCACCUGUCGGAUUUCCCGCACCACCGCCCGCUUAUCCAACACCACCUCCUGGGUUCUCGACCACCAUGCCGCCACCCCCACCAGCUGGCUUCCCAGGCGGUUUCCCGCCCCCGCCUCUCGGUAUGCCAAUGGGCGUUCUUCCCCCACCACCUGGUGUCCCUCCCCCGCCGGCCGGCUUUCCGGGAAGUAUGCCACCCUUUCCGCCUCCGCCCGGGUUCCAAAGCGGCGCUGUCCCGCCACCUGGUUUUGGCGCUGCUGCUCCGCCCGGCUUCUUCCCGCGCAACGGCCCCUCGCCACAUCAGAUGCGUGAACAUCGUCCUGGACCUCCGCCAGGUCGUACGCUACCACCUCCGCCCCCAACUCUCCCCAAGAACCCGAACGCGAAGCCAGUGCAAGCGGUCAUCAGCGCCGAGCCGGAGUUGCGUGAUUUCAAGAAGGAGAGCACGGCGUUCGUUCCGGCUGCUAUCAGGAAGAAGAAGGCCAGUGCGGUGGCGAAGGGAGGAGCCGUGAAUGCCGCGCCGGGCGUCGAAGCUGUGGAAGGGGGGGAGGUGUUGCAGGCGAAGGGACCGGAUUUGAUGAGUUCGUUGAGGGGACAGCUCGGAGGGAUGGAGCCGAAGCAGGUGCAGAAGGAGAAGGGGGACUACGAGAAGUUUGUGGAGAGUAUGGGAGAUAUAUUGGGAUCUUGA